CCAUUGCCCGCACCUCACAAGGAUCUAUGACAGCAGUGAGAAGCCAUGCUGCCUGUCAGAGUACAUGGAGAAAUAUCCCCUUUACCCAACAACCCAUCUCAGAGAUUCAUUCAAGCCCAAGGGAGAAUACAAGAGGCUACCAGUGCCUAUGGAAGGCACCUCAACUACAAAGAGAGACUAUGUAGCUCAUGAAGUGUUGCCAGUGAAAUGCAAGCCACCUGAAAAGUAUGUCAAGAGUGAUGAUAAUAUGGAUUUGACCUCCACAUAUACACAAGACUAUAAUCCCUACCCUAUUUGCCGAGUACCUCCGUGCUUACUCCGUGAGACUAAGUAUACCUCCAGUGACAAGAUGAAUACUAUACCUACCUACAAAGAUGACUAUGUGCCAUGGAAUGUACCAAAACGUGAGAUGAUUAAACCAAACAAUAAAUAUCAUCCAUCAGAAGAAAAAUUUGACCACAGAACCACUAUCCAGGAUGACUACAAGUUUAAGGGGCCAGUUGCCACCAAGAGCUACAAACCUUUGAAUUUGGUCCAGAAGAACAUGACUCCCUUUGAAAACCUGACAAAUUAUAUGUUGAGUUAUGUACCACAUCCCCCGGAGAAAUGCUUUGUCCAUGAAUAUGAAAAGUAUAAGCCCUCUGAUACCCCAUUUGAUGGCCUCACCACCCACAAACAAUCUUAUAGGGGGCUGGCUGGCCUGCCAGCCAAGCUGAUGAAGCCACACCACACAGUGCCAUGCCAUGAUGUCCCAUUUCCCUCUUCCACAGAGUUUCGGGACAAAUAUUUGCUUUGGCCACACCCUCCCAUAUCUGUCAAAAAACCUGCUGUGUAUGUCCCUCCUGUGGAGAAAAUGGACCUUAAGACAACUACGCAAACCCAUUACACACCCCAUAAGGGCCAGCCUGCCAAGUCAUGUCAGCCACUGGCCCAAUUUAAAAAAGGCACCAUGCCCUUUGAUGGCUGCUCCACCAUGAAGGAUGACUACAAGGCAUGGCAGUGUACAAAAACAAAGCCCAUCAUACAUGCACCAGAACUAAAGGUGGCAGAAGAACCAAUGGAUUACUUGACUACUUUUCAGACCCAUUAUGUGCCCCACCCACCUACUUUCACAAAGAGCUUUAAGCCAGGUUGGUCAAGUCUGCGGUCUGUCACACCAUUUGAAGGACAAACCAUCUACACAAGCAGCUACACACCAAAGAAGAUUGCCAGGUGCCUUGCCUCUUACAAAGAACCACCAGCCUACGUGUUUCAAGAAAUUGAUCCUGCUGGUCACAAGUUCUACCUUCCUGUUUUAGAGACUGAACACCCACUGCAUUCAAAGGGUAAAGAGCAAGAAAGCAACCUUUCUGGGAAUGGACUUAGCCUCCAGGAGCUAGCAGUGACAGGCUGA